UCCGCUACCAGCUUUUGCAGUCUUUCGCAUCACAGCGUUUUCUUAAUCGUUCCAUUCUUCCAUUUCCCGAAAAGGAAAGUAACGUCGAAGCGACCCAAGCCUUUCUCUUUUUUCACCCUAUCUGGAAGCAAGGGAGCUGCUUGUUAAUGGCAGAUAUGAUCGUUUCCGCUGCAAUCGAUUGCGUGAUCAACAAAUUGACCUCUUCGGACAUCCUAGAGUCCGCCGGUGGAGCCCAGUUCCAAGUGGAACUUGAGAAAAUGGAGAAAACGCUUUCCACAGUAAAGGCGGUGCUGGCAGAUGCUGAAGAUAAGCAGAUUAGUAACCGUCUCGUUAAGAUUUGGCUGAGAGAGCUUCGAGACUUGGCUUACGAUGCGGAAGACAUCCUCGACGAGUUUUGUUUCGAGGUUUUGCGACGGAAACAACAAGUUGAGCAGCGACGAGGAGAAGGGAGCUCGAGUAAGGUGUGGAGUGUUAUGCUUAGAUUUUUGGAUCAUUUGAAUCCUCAUCGUGUCCUUUUUAAUAUGAAAAUGAAGUCUGAGAUUGAGACUAUUAACGCUAAAUUUCAAGAACUUAUUGAGAAAAAGAAUAGUUUAGAGCUGAGAGAGAAUGGUGCCGAUGAUGGGAGUCGUAAAUCGUUGAAAAGAUUACCCACUAGUUCUUUGGUAGAUGAACGUGUAGUGUGUGGCAGGGCACAGGAGAAAGAGAAGAUUAUUCAGUUGCUGCUGAGCGGACAAGGUUGUGAUGAUAGGGUUUGUGUGAUUCCUAUAGUUGGCAUGGGCGGAGUGGGCAAAACCACUCUUUCGCAGAUUGUCUACAAUGACAGCAGAGUAGUGGAAUGGUUUGAUUUAAAAGUUUGGUGUUGUGUUUCUGAGGACUUUGAUGUUGUUAGGGUGACAAAAACGAUUCUUGAGGCCAUAACUAUGAGGGAUUUCAAUGUAAAGGAUUUAAAUUUGCUUCAAGUGGCAUUGAGGGAACAAUUGAGGGGGAAGAGGUAUUUGAUUGUUUUAGACGAUGUUUGGAGUGAGAAGUAUGAGGAUUGGAUUGUGCUUCGUCAGCCUUUCCAAGUGGGAUCUCCAUGCAGUAAAAUUAUUGUCACUACACGUAAUCAUGGUGUUGCAGCAAUUAUGGGUACCGUUGAAGGUCACUUUUUGAAGGAGCUAUCAGUUGACAAUUGUCUGUCUUUGUUUGCAAUGCAUGCAUUAGGAAGAAGAAACUUUGAUGGUCACUUGAAUCUAAAGGAGAUUGGUGAGAAGAUAGUUCGGAAAUGUGGAGGACUGCCGUUGGCUGUAAAAACACUUGGGAGUUUGUUGCACAUGAAUACUGAUCAGGAUGAAUGGGAAAAUGUAUUGAAUAGCAAGAUUUGGCAUUUGCCAGAAGACAAGAGUGGCAUUCUUCCAGCCUUGAGAUUGAGUUACUAUUAUCUUCCUUCUUAUUUGAAGCCAUUAUUUGCUUUUUGCUCAAUAUUUCCAAAGAACUACGAGUUCUAUCAAGAUGAAUUGGUAUUGUUAUGGAUGGCUGAGGGUUUUCUGCCAGAACUAGAAGGAAAGAAGCCGAUGGAAGAGCUAGACUCUUAUUUUAAUCAACUAUUAUCAAGGUCACUUUUUCAAAGAUCAAGCAUUGAGAAAUCGCAGUUUGUGAUGCAUGAUCUUAUCAAUGAUCUGGCUCAAACAGUUGCUGGAGAAAUAUGCAUGAAUUUAAAUGAUAAUUUUGAAGAUAACAAGCUCCGUCAAAUUGUUGAAAAUGCUCGCCACUUUUCGUUCAUUCGUCGUCCAUAUGAAGUGUGGAACAGAUUUGAGGUCUUAGGUACAAUGAACCAUUUAAGAACUUUCGUUGCCUUACCAAUUCGUACAUUGCCUUGGGCAUGUUGCUACUUAAGCAAGAAAGUCUUACAUGACAUGCUGCCAAAAUUAAGAUGCUUAAGAGUUCUAUCAUUCAGUGGUUAUCAAAUUAACGAGCUGCCAGAUUCAAUCUCUAGUUUGAAGCAUUUACGGUAUCUCAAUAUGUCUUGCACCAAAAUUAAAUGGUUACCUGAAUCCUUAAGCACUCUCUUAUACUUAGAAACACUGUUAUUAUAUGGCUGCACAGAGCUUACUAAGUUGCCGCAAGGCAUUGGGAAUUUGAUUAACCUUUGUCAUCUAGAUAUUACCAAUACUCACAAUUUGCAUGAGAUGCCUUUGCAGAUAGGUAAUUUGACUAGUCUUCAGACAUUGUCUAAGUUUAUCUUGGGAGAAGGUUGUGGGUACAGGAUUAGUGAACUAAAAGAUUUGAAGCAUCUUCAGGGGAAACUUUCCAUUAUGGGAUUGGAUAAUGUGGCAGAUGGUCGACAUGCAUUUGAUGCUAAUAUAAGAAAAAAGCACAAUCUUGUUGAGUUAGGGUUGGAAUGGAGCUGCAACUUUCAUGAUCUUCGAAAAAAGGAAUGUGAAAUGCGAGUUCUUAAUUUGCUAAAACCUUGCACGAGUCUUAGAGCUCUCAGCAUUUCAUUCUAUGGAGGUGCAAAAUUCCCAUUGUGGAUAGGGGAUCCCUCAUUUGCUAAAUUAUCGCAACUAAAACUCUCUUGUUGUAGACAUUGUACUUCAUUACCUUCUCUUGGUAAACUACCUUUACUUAGGAGUCUCUGUAUAGAAGGUAUGGAUGCAGUAAAGACUGUUGAUUUUGACUUUUAUGGAGAAGGUUCUCCUUUGGCUGUGCCUUUUCCAUCUUUAGAGACACUGAAAUUUGAAGAUAUGUUGGUAUGGGAAUUGUGGUUGUCUUCUAAUGGAGACAAUGAAGAACCCGACAAUAUAUUUCCUCGUCUCUCAGAACUUACAUUAUUGAAUUGUCCCAAGUUAACUGGGAAAUUACCUAAACGCCUUUGUUCACUUGCAAAGCUCACAAUAUGCAACUGCCCAAUAUUGGAAAAUUCACUUAUAAGCCUUCCAUCCCUUCAUGAGCUGAAGUUAGAAGAGUGCAGUCAGGUGGUACUAAAACACAUGGUUGACAACACUUCCUUGACAACACUGACGAUCAGGAGCAUGGCAGAUAUUUCUUGUUUGCAGGACAUUUUUGUGCAGUCACUGGUAGCACUUAAAGUUCUGGUUAUUUCUAAUUGCACAAAGCUAACAUUUCUGUGGAAUCGGAUAACUGGAUUAGAAAAAGUGUUCGGUCUUGAACGCAUUAUAAUUAAGGACUGUCCUCAACUUGUGUCAUUAACAGAGAAUGCCAAUGAUAUGUUUUAUGGUUGUGCACAUAUGGAAUUAUCAGUCUGCAAUAAGGAGGAGCAACUGCCAUGUGGGAUGCAUGGCCUUCAGUCUCUCAAGGAUCUGCAUGUUGAAUCUUGCCCAAAACUUGCAUCUUUUCCAGAAGCAGGAGUCUUGUCCUCACUAAGAUGUCUUGUGUUAAAGAAUUGUGAAGCUCUGAUGUCCCUGCCUGAUGGUAUGAUGAGGUUCAGUUGCAGAACUAAUAUGUGUCUUCUUGAAGAAUUGGAGAUUGAAGAGUGUCCUUCGCUUGAGUGCUUUCCAGAAGGCGAGUUACCCAUGACGCUGAAAGUGUUGAAAAUCCGAUGCUGUACAAAACUCCAGUCUCUGCCUGAGGGAUUAAUAAGCAGGAAUAACAUGUCUCAUCUGGAACACUUGGAGAUCAUUAGUUGUCCAUCUUUAACAUCCUCCCCAUCAGGAAAAUUACCUUUUCAACUUAAAACACUUAAGAUCUCAGACUGCUCACAACUGGAGCCACUUCCAAAAAGGAUGCUGCACGACAAUACAUCAAUUGAAUACAAUAAUAUUUGGAGCUGUACCAUUCUGAAAAGCUUGCCUGAGUGCCUUAACAGCCUCUCCUGUCUCACUGAAUUAUCUAUAAAUUAUUGCUCUGGUCUAAGGUCGUUUCCUGAAGUGGGCCUGUCCCUCCCCAACCUCAGAACAUUGAAUAUCUAUGAUUGCUUCAAUCUGAAAACUCUUCCUGGUGAGAUGAGAAGCCUAAUGUCUCUUCAAGAGCUAGCAGUAUGCAACUGUCCAAGUCUUGUGUCCUUUCCGCAAGGGGAUUUGCUUCCAAAUCUAACGUCCCUUGAAAUUUGGGAUUGUGGAAAUAUUGAACUGUCAAUGUCAGAGUGGAACUUCCAAAGUCUAACCCAUCUUAGAGAUUUAAGCAUUGCUGGUGGAUGCUUUAAAAAUACAGUUUCCUUUCCUAAUGAGAAGUUUCUGCUUCCUCCAUCUUUAAUGUCUAUUUAUAUUGGAGGGCUCCCAAAUUUGGAAUCCCUAUCCGUGCAGCUGCAAAGUCUCACAUCUAUAGAAGAGCUAGAGAUUGUUGAUUGUCCUAAGCUUCAGUCUUUACCAAGUGAAGGCAUGCCUCCCACACUUGGAAGAUUCAGCAUUAGGGACUGUCCACUUCUAAAACAACAGUGCUUCCCAAAGAAAGGCAUGUGCUGGCCCCUGAUAGUACACAUCCCAUGCAUGGAGAUGGAUGGCGAAGACAUAUGAUUGAACUGAUUUUAGCAAAUCAUUUUAUGCUUUUUUUGGGAUAAGUGCAAGUUGAGAUUCUAUCUUUUAAUUCAGGAUUGAAGAAAACAAGAAAUGGGAAAAAUCUGAAGUAUUGCAGCCAUUAGUGCAACAACUAAUUUAGCAAGGGAAAGCACACCAGAUGAGGAUGUUGGCCUCCCGCAACCGCAAUUACUACCACAAUAGGAUUCCAUAUCCUCUUUCUUUCUGGUUACUUUCUUAUGUCUUCUUCUUCUUCUGUUGUUGAGGCCUGAGGACAAAAGGAGGAGAAGAAAGGAUGGGGGCGGGCACAAGCAGAUAGAAAUCCAGGAUUUAUGGAGAGAAUGGGGAGCACCUUGCACCAGGGUGGAAAGUGGACAGGGCUUUCAAACAACAUUAUUAAAUUUGUAUUUGUCAAAGUUACAGCUUGACAGUGUCACUGAUAGUCACCAAAAUAUAGAGGAGCCAUGAAUCUUGUACCACAUUGUGCUGUGGUCCCAGCAGAGAGAAAGUUUCCAUGUCUUGCUUUGUAGGAGUGCAUUUUGGGUUGUGUGAGAAACGACAAUAUUGGUCCUACAGAACAGUCUCCAUGUGCAGAUGGAUGUCAUUCACAAUGAAUAUUCUUUAACCACAGGCAAAUACAUAGAAUGGACGAUUCUCAAAAGCUCUGGCUCAUAUAUUUCAAGUUUUUUUGAAGAAAAUAUGUUAUCUACGGUAAUUACUUUUUCUGCAUUCUAGUGGAUCUGACGGUGAUGGGGAGCAGCAAACUGCCUCCAUUUAUGUCAUUAAUCUGUGUUAGGUAUGGAAGCUCAUGGAGACGUCUAGCAUGCUGAGUAAAUGAACGUGUCUGCUAUGGUUCCAAACCUAUAAGAUGGUGAUUCAGAAUAUGGAUAGUGAUGAAGGAGAAUAGUGGAUGAAGCUGGCUUCAAUUUUUGGUAUUGGAGUGAUCUUGUUAAAUCUGCUACUAGUGUGCUUAUGGACAGUAAAGCCUAGGAUGGACUGGCAUCAUAAAUGAAGGUCCAAACCUCCUGGACCUUCUUUGUUUAACUACAUAUCUUGCUAGGUCAGCCAGGUGUUCCAACAGAUCCAAAGAACUAACCAGAACACACGACACACAAUCUAUCACAUGAGAAUGUAGUGCUAACUCACCUAUAUCUAUUGGAAGAAGUAUUAACCCAUCCCAAUCAAAGAGAGCUCUGAUCUAUUGGAGAACAACUUGGAGUAAUGUCGGUUAGUGCCGUUAGUGGAAAUCAAGCCCACAGUCAAUUUCUGACCCGUGACUCUUAAAACCUUGGGACUGAGUGAAAUUGAAAUUGUGGUUUCUUUCUGUUGUAAAUGUCUGAUAUUAAUAGUUCUUCACCCAAUAGAAUGGAACGAGUAUAAUGACAAGAAAAGGAGCAGGACUGGGUCAAGGAAGUAAACCUGGUAUUUGUCAAGUCUUGAUUAGGGAUUCCCAGGGUUGAAACAUUGGCUAAACAUCAACAAAUGCAAAUUCGUUUGAUUUGUACAUGGUUGAUAUUGAUAUUAUUGUAUUUAAUUGGUUUCACUGCUGUUUCCCGAAAAUUACUUUAAACUAUGGUUUUCUUCUGAUAA